AUGUCUUCAACAAGCACAAACUCAGCUUCUGCUCCCGCAUCUCCUCCAACAGCCGACCAGAAGCCUAAACCAAAGUGGGAAAUUUAUGUUGAUGGAGGUUACAACGAAAUGGACAAGCUUGUGCGGGCGAUGGAAUCUCGCGAUAAACCCCCAUCCGUAUAUGAAGACAUCGACAUGGAAGAACGAAUCCGUCUCCACGUUCGAAUCUUCGAAUUGAAGGAGAGUAUCAGCCGUGGUCCAGGUUCUGAUUCGACGGACAACACGACAUCCAAGCCAAAAUGGCUGACUUGGAUCGAAGCAGCCGGCACCGAUCUAAAAGAGAAGCAGGUCCGCCUACAGUUGCAUGAAAGAUGCCGCGAAACCCCUUAUUUCAAAUGGGAAGAUUUCCUUGCUGCUCCCGACUUUUAA